CCGCCAUUAAACUAAAGAAGAAGAAGCUGAUUCAAACAUGCUAACACUCAUGGCUAACACCUGAAGUUGUCCACAGACAUUCCGGUGAUUAAAUCUGUCCGCGCCAUGUUGUCACGCCGAAUAUGGAGGAAGUGAACUUUGUGUCUCUUGCCGCUGGGAGAUGUGUGGACGCCUGCUGCCUGCUGCUCGACCUGCUCGUCAGGACGUACAGCUGGCUGCUUCGCUUCCUGUCCGGCGUGGGCGCUUCCCUCCACGGCACGCUGAGCGGCUCCAGUUUGGUUGAAUACUGGAACUUUGCUGUUUUCUCCUUCCUCGCCGCCACCGAGGCCGUCUCCAGGACCGCCUGCGGAGCCCUGCACGCCGUGGAGGGCUGGCUGCAGACGCUGGGAGGCGUGUUUGAGAGCUUCAAGAUGGUGGGACACCUGUCCUGUCACGUGGCAUUGCGCACCAAGGAGGCGCUGCACUGCUGGCUCGUCUCAGGGAGCUGCAUCCUGCGACAGACGUGCGAGGGCGUCUGCAUCGCGCUCAGCCUCGCGCUCUACUUCGUCAACACAAUGGUCAACAUCGUCCUCAUCAGCAUGCAGAACUGUCUGUGUGUGUUGGCGGGCGUCUGGGAGGUGGUGGCGGAGCCCGUGCACAGAGUGGUGGAGCUGGCUCUGACUGUGCUGACCUUCCUGUACAGCUGUCUGGUCGGCACCUCCGUGCUGCUGUGGGCGCCCUGCCAGCUGCUGCUGGACUUCCUGGGCGCACUGGGCCGUGUCUUCUUCACUGUUUUCAUGGUGGACUCACACGGCCUGCUCAUCACAGCGGUCGUCGUCUCGCUGGCUCUGCUGUUACUGAACCCCAGGCUGCCUGUCCUCGCCGCACAGCUGAGCCUCCACUUGUUCAACGCUCUGCCGGGAGCUCGUGGCGUCCAGACAAACAUUCGCAGGCUGUACGCAGUCAUAGUGGAACAAGCUCUGGCCAAUCAGGAGGUCCACAGGAGGACUGCACAGGAAGUGAGUAGGACGGGGCUCCCUCAACCUCACACAGACACCGGUGCUUUAAUUGCUGAGGCCGACUUGCUGCCAGUGAGUGAGCCGAGCCAGCCGGACUCCCCGCAGCUCCCCGCUCAGCAGGACGGCGAGGCGGGGAGGACGAGCGCAUCCGUUCCAGAGGGUGGCGGCAGCCCUCCGACUGAUGGCGAGCUGCUCAGCCUGCUGAAGGAGCAGGAGGAGAGGAAGAAGUGCGUCAUCUGUCAGGAUUUGAGCAAGACGGUGCUGCUGCUGCCGUGCCGACACCUCUGCCUCUGCCGACCCUGCGCCGACAUCCUGACCCAACGCCGACCCGUCCAGCAGCGCUGCUGUCCGCUCUGCCGGCGGCCCAUCACACAGACCAUGGACGUCUUCCUCUGAGGGCCACGAAUACAAAGCCUGUGGGCGUUAAACCUGCUCUUUUUCUGUCCUCUAAUAAUGUCACUCACCUGCAGCCUGUCACAUCAUUUAUUUAUUCUUUGUUCCAAUAUUUUCUAAAAGAAAUCAGAAACUUUUCUAACUUCACUGAACAAUAUUUAUGAUGAUUCAUCUGAAAACUUGAAGAUUAUAUUAUUUAUUCUAUAUGUCUUGUGUAAAUUUGCCAAAAUACCAAAACAACAGAGAAGCUCUUUAAUCUCUUGAUAUGUAGGAAGGAGGGUGUAACGGUGCACGUGUUCAUGGUCAAGUGUUCGCUGCACAGUGAAACACAACAUGUCUCUAUGUUUUCUACAUGUCAAAGUCACAUUUGACACGUCACAAGCAGUUUUAUAAAAACAGACUGUGAUCAAAAUAAAAUGCAGAGACAGAUGAGUUGAUUCAAACACAUUAAAAAAACCCAAUAAACACACAUUAAAUCGCACAUUAAAUGCACAUUAAACACAAUAAACACACAUUAAAUACACAUUAAACGCACAUUAAACCCAAUAAACACACAUUAAAUCGCACAUUAAUCUCACAUUGAACACAAUAAACACACAUUAAAUACACACAUUAAACACACACAUUAAACGCACAUUAAACACAAACACACAUUAAACACACAUUAAAUACACAUUAAAUACACACAUUAAACACACAAUAAACACACAUUAAACACACAUUAAAUACACACAUUAAACACACAUUAAACACAUUAACCACAUUAAACACACAUUAAACACAUUAAACACAUAUUAAACACAUUAAACACACAUUAAACACAUUAACCACAUUAAACACACAUUAAACACAUUAAACACACAUUAAACACACAUUAAACGCAUAUUAAACACAUUAAACACACAUUAAACACAUAUUAAACACACAUUAAACAUGGCUUAAUAGAGACAGUUUCAAACACAAAUCAGCUUCACUAUAACUCGCAGCAUUCACAGACAAACACUUGUCUUUAUCUGGACACAUUUUCCCCACAAAUACAACAUGCUAACAUUAUUAGCACAAGCCUAUGGCGUUUUACAUUGUAUAAAUUAGCUUAGCAGGUAGCAGACUUUUCCUUUACUCACAUGAAGCCAGGGACAACAGCAACAUGUAACAAAGGUAACGUUACAAAAUUCAGCUCCAUUACAGCUCACAAGGUUCACUGAUAAAACAGCUGUCUUAUACUAAACAUCGACUGUUCGGAGGCAGCUGUAAAUGGAAGUUUGUGUAAAAAGUAUUCCCUCAGAAAAUAACUCGAAUAAAGAGGAGAUUCAACGUCCAGUUGCAUUUUUUCUUAAUAUCGUAUAUAAGCAAAUGUACAAGGUGUGAUAACUGUCAACUUUUAUAUGACGUUAUACCUUAAAACCGGUGUAUCGCUGAGACCCUGGGAUUCAUACAUUUACAUUUUUAAAAACAAAAGGACAUUUCUCUGGCUGUAUCACAAAUGUACCGAACGCUGACACCACAAACCGUGAAUUACUGUUACACCCCUCGUAGGAAUUGUGAACUGAGCAGCUUCUGGUUAUUAUGAGUUUCUUUGUGUGCUUGUGUGCGUGCAUCUGUCUGCAGCUAAUCUUGCCAACUACUGGACCAAUCAGCCUAAUAUUUUGUGUGCACAUUUACCACUGUAUGCUGAAAGACGUCUGGAUGUUGAGAUGUCUCAUAAUUGUUUUAUUGACUGUUUUUCCGUCACUAACUGCCGACUCCUCGCACCUCUGAAAAAGCUGGUCAGGGCUGCCAGUUUUGUUGAAAUCGUCUUGGCACAAAAACAAAAACAAGCCUUACCGUCUGUUGCGGGACACAUUUUGUUCAUCAGGUCUCAAAAACCGACAUUUGUAGAAAGUUUGGUCUCGUUUUGAACCGGAGCGUCUGCAGGUUAAUUUUAUACCUGAAUGUUUACUUUAUAUACAAAGUGACAAGCUGUAUGAAAGCGACUGAAAAAUGAUGACAAAUGUAUACAAAAAUAAGUAAAUAGGAACACAAAUACAAAUAAUAAUAAUAAUAAUAAUAAUAACUAACACUGGGGCCUCUGUAUGACAGACACUGAUACGAGUCGUUCAUUACACACUGUUUAAUACAUUUACUUUGUAUACAACAAGUUUUAAUGCAGAGGUUGUGAUUAUGACUCAUCAUACAAGAUAAAUCUUUGCCCCUAAGAUAUCUGAUAAACAUUGAAACCACUCUUUUUUCAUAUUUGAUUGUGUCUGUAUUUUUUUCCAAAGGAAAACACAUCUCCUUCAGCCAGCGUCCAGAACUGUGUCUCUGUGUUUCCAUGUCAAUGCCAUAAAUCUUUUGGCUUGUACAAUCACAUCGAUAAAAAUGAGUUGACUGCAUUUUAUUUUAUGUCCCUAUGGAUAAAUGCCAAGGACAAAAAAUGUAGGAUCUAAUUGCGUUGAUAAAAUCUCCUGCACUAAACGUCACACAUCUGUCCAGUAUUCCAUAGUCUUUGGGCAACUCCAUAAACAAUGGAAAAAUGUCCCUUACACACGUCCAGGAUUUGGGGGUGAAAUGUGUUGAAUUUUUUCCCAAUAUAUUUGUACCUCUUUUUUGGUUUUAUAUAUUUUUUAUUAUUUUAUUAUAUUUAUUUAUUUUUUCCGUAGUAAUUGAGCUACAGUCUGUGUCCGCUGCUUUCAACGCCCAAAGCUUUAAUUCCAUUUAUUUAUUUUAUUUCAUUUUAUUUUUGGGGGGAUGUCACAAACAUUUUUUUUAAUAUAAAUGUCAGUAUGUUAAGGACUGAAUAUCUGGGCACCUGGUGGCUGAGUGGGCAGAGCAGGCGCCCUGUACACAAAGGCAGUGUCCAUGCCGCGGUGGCCAUGGGUUUGAUUCCAGCCUGUGGCCCCUCGCUGCAUGUCAUCCCUGAUGUUUGAGUUCAUUCCUACGAAACCCCCUAAGUAGUACUUUUAAAAAAAUUAAUUUGCAACAGAUAAAAAAAAUUAAAAUUAUAGUCAUUUUCACAUGUUGAGUUUAUUUAUUUAUUUAUUUAUUUCUCUUUUCUUUUAAUAAAAGCUUCAGUUAAAAGUUUCAUUCCUUGAUUUUAUUCUCAUUCCUACAAAUCCACAAAUGUCCUCCAGGAUCCAAAACUGUGUGUGAACAUUUUUAUAAGUCACUCAACUUCUGUCACUGGAAAUGUGUCUGUUGUUUUUCAGUAAAUAAAGAUGCUGCCACAGUUUGAAUAUAAA